UCUGUUUCUUCUACACAGUCUUCCACCCACUCUGCCCCAAGCCUGCGGCACUGCAAGGGGUUAGCGUGACUAAAGCGCAGGACCCAGCACUUGGCAUUGCUGCACCUCAUCCCAUUGGCCUCAGCCUAUUGAUCAGUCUGUCCUGGUCCCUCUGUAGGGCCUUCCUAGCCUCAGGCAGAUCGACGCUUCCUAACAACUUGCUGCCAUCUGCAAAAUUAUUCAGGGCGCACUGAAGAGACGCAUAAUGCGCGGGGCUUUGACUGGAUUGUCUUCAGAGGAAUCCCCACAUCUGUGAUUCUUUGAGCGGCAGCAGCAAGGGCUCACAUGCGGAGGCUGACCAAAUCACAAAACAGGAACAGGAUACAAAUAGGUUGAGGAGCUCCUUCCCUGGCAUUUCCAGCACACCGCUUGGGUAAAGGCCUUUGCUAAGCACAGUGACCUGGGACAAGUAUAGAGUCAAGUUCAGCGUGCCCAUGAGGUGGAUCUGGAGAGGAGGAGGGCAGAAGUACACCAGUGCCCCCACAAAGACUGGCUUCCCACUUGCCUCCCUUGUCGUUGCACUGCAUGGCACUGAAAGGCACCAGCCUGGAGCUCCAGCUGCGGGGCCCAGCCAAAUGCAGGAUACCAUCAGACAAUUAGAGACUGGUGAAAUGCAGAAAUUUGAAUGCUAAGGAAGAGACCAGGAAGAACAGGUCCUGCUUCACGGGGUCACACAGCCUCUGUCGCUUACUGAUAUUUAUUAAUAUUCUUGUUCCCAGAAACAGAGAAGGAGAGACAACACCUUCUCUGGAGCGAUUCAAAACCCUUCUGGAGUAGCUUUCCUAUGCAACCUACCCCAGGGAACAUGCUACAGCAGGGGGUUUGGUCUAGAGGAUCUCCGGAGGUCCAAAUGACUUCCAAUCCCAACGAUCUGGGCUCUCUCCUGGCUUCAGGGAGGUGACUCUGGCCUUACCUCGCUGUAGUCUUUAUAGCCAUGGCUGGGCCCCUUGUGCUGCAGGCAACAAGGUAUGCAGGUGAAGCACAGUUGGUCUGACAGCUGCCAUCAUGCUCCUAUCCUACAGGGCCCUCUCCUUGACUGCCAGAGCAGUCUGUGCUUGUGCAGGAGACAGACCAGAGGAAUGUGGAGCAGUUCCUGGGUGAGCAUGCCAGCCCUGCUAUUUCCUCUGUUGGACUACUGGAAGCUCUGGUUCAGUAUGGGACUGUUUUUCUUGCUCUUCUGGAUCACGUGGUGGUCCCUAAGAAGGAUCCAGCAUGAGGAAGAGGAACCGGAGCAACAGGAUCAACAGGUGGAACAGGUGCAACAGGCAGAACAAGAGGGACAGGAAGGUCAGGAAGACAAGAAGGACAAUGAAAACUUACAUGAUUCAGUAGUGACUGGAUUUUUGACAUGGAAUACCCUGGCUAAGCAGAAAGGAACGGCCAGCAGGUGCGAGGUGGUGGAGGAGAUGGUGACCGACCUCCUGCAGAGCUUUAGGUCCCUCUGGUCAGACAGUUUCUUCCCGGUGCUGCAGCCCGCCAUCGGGGUGGACAGCACCUUUGAAGGCUGGAGUCCCCGUGAGGAGGACACUCUCUACUGCCUGCUCGUGCCCAUGGAGGCCCCCCGCGGGCACGUCUUUGUCCUGGAC